AUGGGCGUUCCUGUUCGAGUUCCGCAGAAGGAUGCAGACUACAGGCUGGGCAUUUCGCAGGACUGCAAGACGUUGGAGCUGCAUGUGGGAGCUGAGACAGGGCAGCGGCAGCAGAUACGGAUGCCUCUGAGCCAGGUUGUGGACAUCAGCUUUGGAGCUAGCCAAGACAGCCUCGUGCUGCGCUUCAGCGAUGUCUUGUGCAGGGAGGCAAUGGAGUUGAGCUUCUUGGACGAGGAUCAGCGCUUGCAGGUGGCUUUGACACUGAAGGUGCUCAGAGCGAGGUUGCAGUGA